CUUUUUCAGAAAAUCGUGGAACUGGAAACCACCAAGUCAAGAUUCUUUUGAAUCCAAAAAACUAUUUUUACAUCGCAACAACCCAAACAAAACUAUACACUCCUAAUUUUGCUCCAAAAAAAAAAAAAAACUUUUACAAUGUUCGCUGUUAACAUAUCAAAUCAUUUUAUACCUUUUACUAAUUGCACUUCUCUAAAAUCAAUAAUUAAGACAGAAAAAUGAACAAUACAACAUUUAAAUCAAAUGUGAUCCUGCUAAUAUUGGAGAAAACAAGUAACAUAUUAUAAUCUUAAGUGACUUUUAAAAAAUAUGUGUUGUUACAUUUUAAGUAAUAUGUAAGUAGCCAACAUGUUAGGCUAUUUCUUAAUUUUUUAAAUAGUAAAAUAGGCCUAAAAUUGUAAUAUUUUACUUUUUUACCCAAUACAGGAUACUGCAGACAUUUGCUGUACUCAUUAAAAAAGAAAACAUGAGUUCCUCUAUUUUAGAAAAAUGGGACUCUUUACCAAGCUGUAAUGAACAGUUACCAGAACCCAUUUUUAAGACCCCGUCACCCUUUUGGAAUCAGGAUAUAAUAUUCAAAAGACCAAGACAAGAGUACACACCUGAUGCUGUUAGAGAGGCAUACAACUUGUAUACUUACAGGUGUGAUUUAGGCUCUCGUGUAAGUCCGGACCUUCGUUUUGGAGCAGCUCAGACCCACUCUUCUCUAAGUCUAAACUCUUCCAACAGUAGAUAUCUUCCACCUUCGUCAGAAUUACUUGUGACUGAUCCAAAUAUGCUGCAUUUUGGAAGAGGACCUUCAUACUGGAGGUAUUUCACUCCAGAAGCAGGAUAUGGACUUGUCAAAGGCUUUAGAAAGCUGCGUAAUCCACAAACUGACACACUGCCGGCUUCAUAUUUCUAUAGAGGAGUUAACAGGGAUGUUUUAAGAAGAGAUUUUCCAAUGGAGGAAACCCAAACAGGCAUGCAAAAGCACAGACUGAGGUAUUCACACUGCUACCAAGAACCACAGAGCCAGAGAGUCAGCUCCAAAAGAGACUGUGAGAGAUAUUAUGUUAAAACUAACCCACUUUUAGGUUCUCUCUUACAUGCUGAUCCAAGUAAAGAACUUUUUAAAUACAACUCAGAGCACAGCCAGCACCACCUGCUUGGUUUCAGUAAUGAUGCUGGGGCUGAAAAGAAAACAAGCGAAGGGCUCCCCCUGCUGCUCUGGAGUGGAGAUGCACAAAAACGCAGCAGAAACGCACACGUUAAAUCCUCGUCUUCGGCGCUGUGGGUUCUCCGUCGCUUUGUUGAAGGGUCUUUGGUGGAGCUGGAGGGUGGUCGCCUGAAGCGGGUGGAGGAUUUGAGGACAGAGGAUUUGGAGCUGUGUGCUCAGUUACACCCCGAGCUGAUGCUGAAGCGUUUCACUGUGUUGAAGAUCAUACCGUCACACACACCUGCGCUCUCUAGUUUACGUGUGCAGAUUGAGCAUGACUACUCGCAGUUGUCUUUGGAGGUGAGUGAAGGAAUGCCCUUCUUCGUUUAUGGCCACGGCUGGUCCUCCUGUAACCCUCAGCACACAAGUCAAAAUUGCAAACUACAGUGCCGCCAGUUAGCGGUGGGUGACUUGUGCCUGGCACUGACACGUAUGCCCGCCUCUUCAUCAGAGCUGGCCAAUCGCAGCCGAAAUGAGGUGGGUGAAGAUCCCUUGAUCCUGAGCAGUCAUGCUGAAAACAAGCCCACGCUGCAGAUAAAAGAUCCAUCAAGAAAAAGACGCUUCACAGCUCCAGAGCUCAGGGAGAUUUCCAAGAUACACCACACUACUGAUUAAAAAAAUGAAAGACUGAAUGAUAUUUUCUAGAAUUUUUUUUUUUAAGAGAAUUGCAGUCAGUUUACUGUUA